AUGUUAGACAAUAAAAAUUAUAGAAUUUAUAAUAUUCCUGGUUUGAUUGAAGGUGAUAAAGAGCGUAUCACUCUAAAUAAACUUGAAAUCAGUCGAGCAUUUGACGAACAAAAACAACAUUCACUUGUUGUUAUUUAUGUAUUUGGACAUCAGAAUGGAAGAAUUCGAAAUGAAGAUAUUGUUACAUUUCGAGCCAUUCAUAAUGCUUAUACACUUAAUCCAGAUUCAUUAAUAAUUAUAGUUAAUGGAUUACCUCCUGAUCGACCGAAUAAUUAUAACAAAGAUACUCAAGCUACUCUUAUUGAUUUACUUGGUAUGAAACCAAGUCACAUUUGUUUCAUCGAUCGUUUGACAUCAUCUGAUAUAAAUCAAAAUCUUCGAAUGUAUUUAACUGAUACCAUAUUAAAUGUUCAUCCUCGAAUACAUAUUAAAACUAAUGAUAUUCAUUUGAUGACUGAUGAUGUUCUUCAACUCCAAGCUAAUCUCGAUAUGAUACAAAUUCAAAUGUAUAACGAACAAAUUGAACAUGAAGAUGUUAUAACAGGUAUGGAUCGAGAAAUUGAAGCGGCUCAACGUUUAUCAAUUUUAAGACGUUUAUUUUGUCAAGUGAAAGUUGAUCUUCGUCGAUUAGUCAAUUUUGAUGAACAAGAAAAACAUUUAAUGAAUAUUAUUAAACAAUGGGAAACAGAAGAAAUUCAUUAUAAAAAUGAUUCAAUAUCUGAUCAUUAUAUUAUAGCUAUGAGCAAUAGGCAAAAUGCUGAAGAACAAUUAAGAAAAAAUUUUUCUUCAAAACAUCAAGUUAACAUUUCUCUAAAUGUACAUCGAAAAGAUAUUGAACAAAUUUGUUUUGAAUUCGAACAAAUCUAUAAUGGUCUAUUUGAUCGUCAGCAUGAAUUUGUUCGUGAAUAUUAUAUUCUUUUUGAUGAUUUACGUUUUGAUCCAUCCAUUCAACAAGUAAAGCAUAACUUUAUUAAUGAUUUAUACGCAUUUACACUUGAACGUUUUCAUGAUAUUGAUUAA